AUGGAUGAACAUCAAAUAAAAAAUAGAAAAAAUAGAAUAACUCUUUCGCUUCACUAACCAUUAUAAUAUACAAUUUAGAAAAUAUUUGAGGAAGGAUUAGAGCUAAAUCUGAAACCUAUUAUACAAUCUUCCACAAAUGUAGCAUUUUUAGACUAUAUAGAUUAUGAAAUCAAAUAAAUCUCAUAAGUAGAAUAAAAUGCAACUAUUUUAUAAUGCAAAAUUACAUAAUAUUACAAUAACAGAUAUUGUAGAUGAACCUAAAACACGAAUGAAUCAUUCUGUAAAGAUUUUAAGAACUGAGACAAAAGAAGAUUUAAAUUAACGGAUUUAGACUUUACCUAUAAAAAAUACAACAAUGAAAAACUCUUAGGUAAAGAGAAGAAGGCUUAAAUUACGUAUUUCAGUUAUUAAUCAAAUGAUGAUGUAUUCUGAAGAAUAAUUAUAAGAAAAAUGCAUAGAUAUAUUCCGUAAAUUAGCUAAACCCAUAGCUGGAAUACCAAUAUUGGAAUAAAGUCGACUUUAUUAAUAUUUAAUAUAGAUUUUUCAUAAUGAAUAGAUAGCUAUGAAAACAGUUAGAUAUUUAUAAGUUCCUUAAAGUAUGAAUUAUAAAUAAUAUUGUGAUAUGAUAAUGGGUUUUAAUGAUUGGACUAAAGUUGGUAAAUGAUAUUUAAAUUUAGAUAUUCUAUUUUACAGUUUUUAUGUAUUUUAAGAGAAUUAUUCAGCAAUAUUAGAUUCAAACUCUUUAUUUUAAUUAUUAACUUCAGAGUAAUGUUUUUCAGAUGAUGCAAAUUUUAUAACUAAGACAUUAAGAUAGAGAUAAGAAUUAAAUUAAAGAGACAAUUAUAAUACUUAUCAUACUAAAUUAUUAAAGAUUCCUAAUCUAACAUUUCGAAGAUAUAAGAGAGAAUAGGAAAUGAUUAUUGAGAAAUUACGUAAAUAAAAAUUAGAUAUGUAUUAAGUUAAAAAAAAAAUGAUGAUUUCUAAUUUCAAAGAACAUUAAUUUGUAGAUAAAGAAGAGAAUAUUUAUAAAUUACCAAUAUAAAAAGAUGAUGAUAUCAUAGUUACAUUUGAAACAUUCAAAUCUAUAUAUAGUCAUAGUCAUCCUUGCUUUUUUGGAUGGUUAAUGAAAUGUUUAGGAGAUAUUGAUAUAUAUUUUAUUGGUUAGAAAUUAUGA